AACGCUCUAUCCACUGCAAAACAACGAGUGGCUCGAGGGAGAAAUUAUGAAGUUUGAACCGUUGUUAGCACAUAGAUAAUAUAUCGAAAGGCAAUAUUUGCAAUGGAGGGCCUUUGGUUCAAUGUGGACGGAGGCUACGUCGAGGGGAUCGUUCGGGGAUAUCGCAACAACCUUCUUAAUUCACAAAGCUACGGCAACUUGACGCAAUGCGAUACGAUAGAUGAUGUUAAGCUACAACUCGGCCCUGCAUACGGCGAUUUCCUUGCGUCCCUUCCUCCUAACCCAUCUACGUCCUCCUUAGCCGGCAAGACAACGGAGAAACUUGUUGCUGAGUUUCGCUAUCUCCAAGCCCAAGCAACCGGCUCCACCGCCAAGUUCAUGGAAUACCUCACGUACGGAUAUAUGAUCGAUAAUCUUGCUCUCCUCAUCACAGGUACUCUCCAUGAACGAGAUACACGAGAAUUACUUGAGAGAUGUCAUCCGCUUGGCUGGUUUGAAACAAUGCCGGUGCUCUGUGUUGCCACAAACAUCGAGGAAUUGUAUAAUUCUGUGCUGGUCGAGACACCCUUAGCGCCAUAUUUCAAGGGGAGCUUAAGCCACCAAGAUUUAGACGAGCUAAAUAUCGAGAUUGUGAGGAACAUGCUAUACAAGAAUUAUUUGGAAGACUUCUAUCAAUUUGUGAAUACUGAGCCGGAUCUCAGAAACUCUCCAACCUCGGAAGUUAUGUCUGAAAUACUGGAAUUCGAGGCCGAUCGUCGCGCUAUUAAUAUUACACUUAAUUCAUUUGGAACAGAACUUUCUAAGGCUGAGAGGAGAAAGCUGUACCCCGAGCUCGGAAAGCUGUACCCAGAAGGGUCACUGAUGCUUUCACGGGCGGAAGACGUCGAAGGAGUUGCUCUCGCAGUCAGCGGUGUUACCGAUUACAAGGCAUUCUUUGAUGCUGUGGGGUUGAACCAAGCCGGAGGUGGUGGACUUGGAAACAUGGGCGGUGGUACUGGAAGCGAUGGGAAGAGCUUGGAAGACAUGUUCUACCAAAAGGAGAUGGAGCUAUCGAAACUUGCAUUUACCCGGCAGUUCACCCCGGCCGUGAUAUACGCUUGGGUAAAGCUCCGCGAACAGGAGAUCCGAAAUAUAACAUGGAUUUCUGAGUGUAUUGCGCAGAAUCAGAAGGAGCGGAUAGGCAACUAUAUCAGUGUGUUUUGAGGAUUCAAAUCAUAUGCAAGUCAUACGAGGGCCUUUGAGGGUUGUUUAAUAGGGAUUAACAGGUUGUGAAUUGUCAUUUUGGCUUCUGUGAUUAUCGCCUUUAACUUCUUUUCGGCGUUGAACGUAUUUUUUUACUGAGUACCCAUGGCUUUGCUAGACUGAGGCAUUCUAAUAAAUGCUGUGUCGAUGUCGGAAUUUCAGAGCCUUUCGCUCGCCCCGUGUCUGUGGCUUAUAGCUGCGAUGAAAUCAUCCGAACACCCUAUAUGCCAAAUGGUACAGAGUAGACCAAACCG